AUUUUCAUUUCGUAUCUUUUCAGUUUUGUUCUUGGAGUCAUCGCGUUUAGUUAUUUAAAAUUUUUAACUCGCGUUCAGUAGCAAAUCUUGAAAUAUUGAGUGUACCUAAGUAAAAUACACACAAUUAAAAAAAAAAGAUAUAUAUAUAUAUAUAUAUAUAUAUUUAAUACUUCCUUUUUGAACUUGAAAUAAUCGCGACUUAAGUAAAACGUGAAACAUUGAAUUAACUAUCAAAAUUAAUUGCAGAAACGUGCUUAAUUCGCUUAUAAACAAGUUAACUAUAAAUGCAUACAUACAAACAACUGUGUAUUUGUAAUUUGAUCGCCUGUGCAUUAUUGAAAAAAGACAAUAUAUUUAAAAUAUAAGAAAACCAAAGUGUGCAAUACUUCAUUGGAAAAUAAAAAAAAAAAUUGAAAUUGGCAAGCGAAUUUUUAUUUAGCAAGCCAAUCAAAAAUAUCCCCCAUUCUUAAGGAUUUAAACUAGACCGUAGAUUUUUUUUUUUAGAAAAUAAAAACCCAAUUUAAAAAUGAGUCUGUGUGAUACUAACAUCGUGACAAUGCAGGCUACUCCCCAACAACAACAUCAAAGUACACAAAGUAUAGCCGACUACUUGGCUCAAUUACUGAAGGAUCGUAAACAAAUGGCAGCGUUUCCAAAUGUCUUCAAUCAUGUGGAACGCCUACUCGAUGAAGAAAUUGCGAGAGUACGUGCCUCACUAUUUCAGAUAAAUGGCGUCAAGAAGGAACCACUCACGCUGCCAGAACCUGAAGGCGCCGCUGUACAGUUGAAUGAAAAAGUAUAUGUACCAGUGCGAGAACAUCCAGAUUUCAACUUUGUUGGCAGAAUUUUGGGGCCUCGUGGCAUGACAGCUAAGCAAUUGGAACAAGAGACCGGUUGCAAAAUUAUGGUUCGAGGCAAAGGCUCGAUGAGAGAUAAAAAGAAGGAGGAUGCAAAUCGCGGCAAACCCAAUUGGGAACACUUGUCCGAUGAUCUGCAUGUUUUGAUCACUGUCGAGGACACAGAGAAUCGUGCCAAAGUCAAAUUAGCACAGGCCGUUGCUGAAGUACAAAAGCUUCUAGUGCCGCAAGCUGAAGGCGAAGAUGAACUUAAAAAACGUCAACUCAUGGAAUUAGCUAUAAUUAAUGGCACUUAUAGGGAUACGUCUGCGAAAAAUGCCAUUCCAGCCUGCGAGGAGGAUUGGCGUCGUGUUAUUGCUGCAUCGGCUGAGAGUCGCUUAUUGACGCCCGCACUACCUGGUCUAGCACCGCAGAUCCGUGCACCACAAGCCACAACCUUGGGUGCGCCAUUGAUACUCUCACAACGCAUGACCGUGCCGACUACAGCGGCGAGUAUACUAUCCGGCCAAGCUGCUCCCGCUGCCUUUGAGAAUCCCGCACAUGGCAUGAUAUUCGCACCGUAUGGCGAUUAUGCGAAUUAUGCUGCUCUCGCUGCCGGUAAUCCAUUGCUGACGGAAUACACAGAUCAUAGCGUUGGUCGUUAUUUGCAUGCCGGCUCCGUCUUUUGAACGUUUUACCACCAACCGAGUCCUUUAUGAAAUUAAAAUUCAUUUGUAAUUUUUGUCUUGUAUCACAAUUGGCCAAGGAAGAAAGAUGAAAAGUAGAAAAAAUUAAAAUGAAUAUGCAAUAAAAUAAAUUAGGUUUAGUUAAUAUUAUAAAAUUUGGGUAUAUCAAAGAUGUUAAACAAUCUAUUAUACAUACACAUACAUAUACCCAUAUACUCGUAAAGGAUUAAAGCAGUUAGAGAGUAGAAUUUUGCUGCAAGCUUCAAAUAUUGAGUAUUUUGCUUUGUUGUUAUUUGUUAAGAAUAUGAAGAAGAAGAAGAUAACAUUUUAAGCGGAAAUUCGAUUUCUUGUAUUAAAACAUACAUAUUUACAUACACGUACAUGAAAAUAAUAUAUACAUAUAUAUAUAUAUAUAAUAUAUAGUUGAUACCAUUACCAUAUGUAGAGCGUGAUAAGUACCAAUUUAAUAAAAUAUAGUAGCAGAGUUUUAGGCGCAUCACAUGGAACCAAGUACGCCACACAAAUACUCAAGUCAAAUACAUUAAAAAAAAAAGAAUUAAAUACAAAUAAAAAAGUUGAAACAACAUGAAAUCAACCGAGCAAACGCAUUAAUUUCAAUUUUCGGUAUCGUAUAUGCAAAUUGAAUGAAAAAUUUCUCCAACGCCAAUAAGUGAUUUUUAAUUAACCCGCGAAGGAUCUAAAUAAAGCAGCGCAGCGCAAGAAGAAAGUUGAAGAUUAGUUUUAGAUUUUUUAAAAAUGUGUUGAGCUUUUAGUGUUUUUUUUUGGCGUUGAAAAGUGUUUUUAUAAAAAAUGAUUGUCGUUCUGAACGCUAAAGCUGCAGAUAUACACUCAAAAAACAAGCCAGCGCUGCGAAUUCUUCAACACUCGAAGUUAUUAGCACGAUGCUAAACCAUAAAAAUCUAUACUAGGAUGGCCUUAACGGUAUCAAUAUUUUUAAAAAUUAUUUAUAUAACUUUUUUUUAAUUCUUUUAUAGUAUUUGUUAAUUUUUUCUUAUUUGUUUUCUAGUGCUUUGGGUUUUUACCCUAAAAUAUCUUGAUAACAAGCAAAUAUAUAAUGAGUAUAUUCUAGUUACGAGAAAGUCUAUAUUAAGUCUUUACCUUUUUUUCAUUUUCACACAAUGUAAAUAUACAUACAUACGUAUAAUUGAUGAAAUUAUUUACUACUGCACACUCUUAGUAUUUAUAUACAACAUAGGGUACAUCAUAUGUCCGAUAGCAUUUGAAACUUGUGUAACUUUUGAUCAAAACAAUUUUUUUUAAUUUUUUUAUUUUUUUUUAUUUUUUUAUUUUCCCCCCCAAACUUUAUUUGUUGCUUUCAAUUUUAUAUUCAUCACAUUUUGAAUAUAAUUUCCAACUUAUUUUUCAUGUAAAAAUAUGCCCUCUUUCGUGCAUUUUGUAUCACAUUUUCCAGCACCUCUCGGUGGUAAUAAGCGAUAUUUCUCGGCGAAUAUUUGGCUUUGAGCAGAGCUAUAUUCUGCGGCUUGUUGAUGCGUAUAAACUUUGCUCUUCAAAUACCACCGCAAAAUGAAGUUUGGCGACAUCAAAUCGGGUUAGUCAAAAUUUCCACACAUCAUGCGGCGAAUCGACGCUAGUGUGUGCUGUGGCUGCGUGCUGUUGGUACCAGUUGUUGCGGAAACACAAAGUCACGUAGAAUCGCUCUGUAGCGCGCGCCAUUGGCUUCGAUAAAAUACAGCCGGAUGAUAUUUUUGGCCGACACACCGCAGCAUAUAGUCACUUUUUUGUUUAUGUAAAGGCUUCUGGAAUAUCUCACAAGGAUUUCUACCGGCCUAAAAGUUUGCAGUUAUGCUUAUUAACCGCACCAUUCAAGGUGAAAUAAGCUGCAGCAGUCAUGAUGAUUUUGAGGCAAAACUCACUCUCGCCAAGAAGUACCAUGAGCGUACGCCAAAUUGAUAUAUACUGAAAAGACGUUCAAUAAACCAUGUCAAUAUGUCAAAAAAUGUUGGAACGAUUCAAGUUUCAAAUGCUCUCGCAAUAGAUGGCGCACCCUGUAUUUUUAUUCAUAUACACACAUAUACAUAUUAUAUGUUUAUUGUAAGGCCUAAAUUAGUAUAUUACUUAGUUUUUAUUGACUAUGUUCCACAAAUCGAUGAUCCUUAUCAUUUAUUUAUAAUUUAUCCUUAUGAUUUCUUAGAAAAUUUUUCAAACAAAUAUUAUGCGCCUCAAAAUAUGCCAAUCAGUUUUGGAGUAAGCAGAAGCUUUAUUUCUUUAUUUAUCUAAUUUUCUUGGCUUUCGUAAAAAUCUUUAAAGCUUUCGUUAUUAAAUUAUGAUAUUAUUUGUUUGUAAUUUUUGAUAUUUAGAGAAUUUAAUUGGAUCAGCGAAUGCAUAUACAUAUGUACAUAUUCACAGCUGAUAAAAUAUUAAAAAUUUAUUUAAGUAAUUUUUUCCAUUUAUAAGCACAGUAAUAUACUAUUUUUAUACAAUUUCUUAACUUCUAUCUUGUAGUAGUUCCACGUCGCGUCCCCCCCUCCUUCCCGUUAUAUUUUUCCAGUUAGUGCCAUUGUUUUAAAGUUCUAUAAAAAAUAUUUAAUGCAGAAAAGGCGUAUCAUAUAAUGGGUUUGUUUCUCGAUAUUAUUUUGCAUUUUCUACAACUAUUUUGUUCUGUUCUCAACAUUUUGCUCACUAAUUUUGUUAGUAGGCGAAUUGUUCCAUCCCUGUCACCUAACAACUUGAGAUGUCGAGUUUUUUCAACAAAAAAAAAAAAAAAAAAAAAAAAAAAUUAAAUAAAAAAAUAAUAAUAAUAAUAAUCUGGCUCACCUGAAUUUACGCUGAUUUUCUUAAAUUCAAUAAAAUAUGUACUCCUUCAAAAAUAAUAAAAAAAAAAAAAAAA